CUCAGUCUUAUUCAUCUUUUCUCUUCACUCCUGCACUCGCACAAUAAACAUCAGAACUGCCUUCCGUCAUAUUGUUCUUGCCGAUUCACAAUUUGCACGGCGUCCACACGUGACCGUUUCUGCCUGUCUAUAAAGCAUAUCAAUCAUCGAGACCAUACCUGGUCUUUUGACCCUCGUCAUAUUUUGGUUCGCCAACUUCUCCGAGCGUUCUUGCUCCUGGUUGCAAGCAAAGUACCUCUUAUGCCCAUUCAUCACGUACGCACCUAUCUAUCAAAAACCGUCCCAGAAUAGAUAGACCUCAUGUCUUCACGGAAGACGCGACGACCAGUCCAACCCCGACUUCCUCCACUUGCCUCUAUCAAACCUCAACCUCCCUCCACCACCCUGCUCAUCCGAUCAUGCGUCCGGCCAUCCACCGUGCAGCGCCUUCAAACGAACAAGCCAUUUCCAUUCUUCCAACUGCCCGGGGAGAUCAGGAACAGGAUCUAUGAUCUUGUCGUCCCAGAGACUCUUGUCAUUGUCUCCGGCAACCAUCCUCAGAAGGAGUAUGCAAAACUCAAGGCGCAGAAUCCACGUCCCAAGAAGAUCAAAUGUCCCCGCUAUCGACUGUCAGGAAAAUUCGCGGGAGAAGCCGCGCCAGUAUUUCUGCUCUUCACCUGUCGUCAGAUGAAACAUGAGGUGGAAGAGUUCAUCUAUGCCCGGACCACAUUUUGCUUCGACAAAUUCGGCGUCAUCAACAAAUUCCUCAAUCGUGUCAGGGAAGCAGGUGUCAAGAGUAUCGAAAGCUUGGAGCUCACCCAUGAGGGCUACAGUGAACCAAGGAUGAUGGCUGACCGAGAGUGGAAGUUGCGUCACGAUGCGCAGUGGAAAGCGACAUUGGAACGAAUCAAGGAGCAGGUGACAGGACUUCGACGACUCAGACUCGACUUGACAAUCUACGAUUGGCCAUGCCGGCUCGAGACGACCGAAAGAUGGGCCAGGCCACUUCUUCACCUUGCUGGAGAUGGUUUGGAGCGCGUGGAUGUGACACUGGAGCACGAUCGAUUCCACCUCGAGAAAUGUGCUGCUACUGCGAAAGAACUGGAGAACCAAAUGAUGUCCUCAAAGGGCAGGAAGAUGAAGUUGCAGGAGGCUAAGCGACGAGCAGCCAUGGAAAAGAAGAGGCGAGAAGAAGAGAAGAAGAAGGCCAAGAAGGUCUUGACAAUCAAGCUACCACUGGCAGACAAGUCCGGGAUGAACAAUGUGCCGCUUAAGAAAGUGGUGAGAGGCAAGGGAUUGGAACAGUAUGCUCGUGCUGAACCUCCUGUUGCAUUCUGCUAGAAAGAGCUAGCUUGCGGGAUCAACAUGAUAGAGCUGUGGGCUACGAGAGAAUACUCUUACUUACCGUGGCAUGUUGAGGUCAGAGAAUAUCAACAGACAUCAUGAGAACGGGCAGCGACAUACGAGCUGAUUGCCGAAUGAAUGUGCCUCGAGUACUCCGACGCUGACCUAGUGAACGGAAUGACAUUGAUGAGACCAAGAAUACCUAAGUGUGGUCCAAAGAUAGAAAAUUAC